UAUAUACAUAGAACCAAAGAUUCUUAUCUAACCUCUCUGAAGGGAAAAAUUGGAUUUUUAGGGCUGUAUCACGAUGGUGUGCGACAAGUGCCAGAAGAAGCUCUCAAAGGUGAUCGUUCCCGAUAAGUGGAAGGAGGGUGCCAGCAAUACCACCGAAGGCGGUGGUCGCAAGAUCAAUGAGAACAAGCUCCUCUCCAAGAAGCAGAGAUGGACGCCUUAUGGAAAUACUAAAUGCAUAAUUUGCAAGCAGCAAGUCCACCAAGAUGCCAAAUACUGCCAUACGUGUGCAUACUCAAAAGGGGUCUGUGCCAUGUGUGGGAAGCAGGUUAUUGACACGAAGUUCUACAAGCAAAAGCAAUGUAUGAUAUAAAUGGCGGCAGUCAAUAUGCUUCACAUUCUCAGAAUUGCUUUGAUCUGUGAAUUGGAAGUUUGCUGCAGAU